AUGUGGCAGAGCGGGGGCAUGGGCGCCCACGCGGCCAACAACCCCUGGAUGAAGCUGAUGGGCAUCGUCCACAAGGAGAGACGCCAUCACGACUCGGGUGGGGGCGCCUCCGGGGGACAGGGAUCCGCCACCACCGGCAGCAACGAGCGGACCCUCAACCAAUCGCUGCCGAAGCUCAGCAGCCAGGACGAGGAUGGGCCAAACCCCCACACACAGUACACAGGCGUGACACACUUCGAACCGAUACCACACGAUCAUGACUUCUGCGAGCGGGUCGUCAUCAACGUGAGCGGCUUACGGUUUGAGACGCAGCUGCGUACCCUGAACCAGUUUCCGGACACGCUGUUGGGCGAUCCGGCGAGGCGAAUUCGGUACUUUGAUCCGCUGCGCAACGAAUACUUCUUCGACCGGAACCGACCCUCCUUCGAUGCGAUUCUUUAUUAUUACCAGAGCGGCGGUCGCCUUCGGCGUCCCGUCAACGUUCCUCUCGAUGUCUUUUCCGAAGAAAUCAAAUUCUACGAGCUGGGGGAAUUGGCGACUAAUAAGUUCAGGGAGGACGAGGGUUUCAUCAAGGAGGAGGAGAAGCCACUGCCGUCCCACGAAAUGCAGAGGAAGGUCUGGCUGCUUUUCGAAUACCCGGAGAGCUCGCAGGGGGCGCGGGUGGUCGCCAUCAUCUCCGUGUUCGUGAUCCUCCUGUCCAUCGUGAUCUUCUGCCUGGAGACCCUGCCCGAGUUCAAGCAUUACAAGGUGUUCAACACGACGACGAACGGCACGAAGAUCGAAGAGGACGAAGUGCCGGACAUUACGGACCCGUUCUUCCUAAUAGAGACUAUUUGUAUCAUCUGGUUCACAUUCGAGUUAUCGGUGCGCUUCCUCGCCUGCCCAAAUAAGCUAAACUUCUUCCGUGACGUAAUGAACAUCAUCGACAUCAUCGCGAUCAUUCCGUAUUUCAUCACGUUAGCCACGGUGAUGGCCGAAGAGGAGGACACGCUCAACCUGCCAAAGGCUCCGGUCAGCCCGCAGGACAAGAGCACCAAUCAGGCAAUGUCCCUCGCGAUACUCAGGGUCAUCAGGCUGGUCAGGGUGUUCCGAAUAUUUAAGCUGUCCAGGCACAGUAAAGGCCUCCAAAUCCUCGGGCGAACUUUAAAGGCCUCCAUGAGGGAGCUCGGCCUGCUCAUCUUUUUCCUCUUCAUCGGUGUGGUGUUAUUCUCCUCGGCGGUAUACUUCGCGGAGGCCGGCUCCGAGAAUUCGUUCUUCAAGUCCAUUCCGGACGCAUUCUGGUGGGCCGUAGUCACGAUGACGACCGUGGGCUAUGGUGACAUGACGCCUGUCGGAGUCUGGGGGAAGAUCGUCGGAUCGCUCUGCGCGAUCGCCGGGGUCCUGACGAUCGCCCUCCCGGUACCGGUAAUAGUGUCCAACUUCAACUACUUCUAUCACCGAGAGACUGACCAGGAGGAGAUGCAGUCCCAGAACUUCAACCACGUGACCAGCUGUCCGUACCUCCCCGGGACUUUAGGUCAACACAUGAAGAAGAGCUCGAUGUCGGAGUCGGAGUCAGAUAUAGUGGAGCUGGAGGAAGGUAUCUUGUUAACUCAUCCCGAAGUUACCAAGAAACCUAACUGUAACCCUCGCCACAACAAUAACAUCAACCCAGCCUGCAUGAGCAUUGAGACUGACGUUUGACUACUAGUGAAGGAGACGGUGGCAACGUGGUGGCCGGUGUUGGGCAAAUGGUGGAAAAGGAGCAGAUCCCUACGUUACCUCGCGUAGGCCCCCGAGGUGCGGUGCCGCCCUGCGUUCGACAUCGGAGCCCUAGGAUACGGAGACCUCGGAACACGGUCGGAAGGGAAAGGGGCAGUCGAUAAAAGAGGUGAGAUAACGAGAGUAAGAAGGCCGUUAGGAAAGGGCGGGCGCGAAGAAGAGGAAAAGAGGGAAAGGGCUCUCCAGGAUUCGCAGCCACGAAGGGACCUACGAGUUUUCCAUUACUCGCACGCCACACCACCGACUCCAGUGUUCAAUCGUAUCUCCGCAGCGCCGUUCUCCCCCUGAUAAUAGGGAGCCCCGGCAGGCCGUGGGGAUCAUACCAGAUAAUACUAAUUAAUUACUACCGAUAAUUAAUCGAUUAAGUAAGCGAAGUAAUAC